AUGUUCGCCAGCAUCAAAUCACCGGUGUCCUUCGACGGCCAGGCCCGCCUCACCCUGAAGCCACGGCUCGGCGCCCCGCCCUUGCUUGCCUCGCGCUACGCGCGCGCCGCCGCCGCUCCUUGGCGCGCGCCCCGCGCGCCUGCCGCCGCGUCCUUCCUGGGAGAGGCUCCAGACCUCUCGUUUUACGAGCUGCUGGGGGUGCAUCCCACCGCGGACAACAAGACGAUAAAAAAGGCGUACUAUGACCUCAUCCGAGAGGUCCACCCAGACACCGCCCUGGCCAACAGCCUGUCCUCGUCAGCCGGCGGCGAGCUGGACGCUUACUACGACACGACAGAUCUGUGCGUCAUCCUCAAUGAGAUCUACCAGACACUCACUGACUCUGAGUCAAGGGCCACCUACGACGCCCUUGUGGGGUUCAGCGUUGAGAGCGUCAACCCCUUCUUUGACGAGAGCUUUGAGAAAGACCAGGUCUUUGUGGACGAGGUGUCGUGCAUAGGCUGCGGCAAGUGUGUGCGCGCCUGCACGCGGGCUUUCGUAAUUGAAGGCUCAACGUACGGCCGCGCCCGCGUAAUCAACCAACCCCAGGGCCCAGACCAGCAGGAGGAGGUCCAGAUUGCAAUGGAGACCUGCCCCGUGGACUGCAUCCAUUGGGUGUCCUCGCCGCAGCUGUCCCUCCUGGAGACUGCCCUCUCCAAGAUGGACCGCGUCGAUGCUUUCGUGAUGAUGCGCCGCGGCGGCCUGGCCGUCUCUGUAUUCCACGAGGCCUCGAAGGCCUGGCACCGCCGCCAGGCCGCCGCCCGCGCGCGCGUGCAGGCGCGCGCCGGCACGACGGCGGCGACCGCGGGCUUCGGCGGCGCCCCCGGCGCCGGCAAGGGGCCGUGGGGCGGGCUGGCGGGGGUGUUCAAUCAGCAUGUCGACUGGAGCGGCGCAAAGGAGGCGACCGGGGGGCCUGGGUACGCAGGCGAGGGGGCCGACGGCGGCUCGGGGCGGCGGCCGAGCGAGGCGGCGCGCGUGGCCAAGCUCGCGGCGCAGGCGGCGCAGAGCGCGCGGCUGUGGCGGAUGGCGAACGAGGCAAGGGGCCCGACGAAGAUCCUCAGCGACUGA